AUUUAGUUCUCUUCCUUCAUAUUUUAAAAACUCAUUAAGCUGCGUUCCUAUAGUUUUUAACCGUUAGAACACGAUAUUUGGUAAUCAUUUCACUGUCUGCAAAUGUCUUGCUCCAUUAGUUUCGUGUCACCUAAACGCCCACACUCUUCUCCUUCUUCCUCCUCUAAACUCUAUACCAUUUCCCACUUGACUUUCUUUUUCAAGCCCCACACAUCAAGACGCCUCUGUAUAAAUCUCUCCAACACAUCUCUACGCAAAUCUACUAUGACAUCCCUUGUCACAGUAAAUGCAUCACGCAGUAGUGCUACCACUACCGCAACAGAUAAUAGAUGGAACCUUCACAGCAAAACAGCUCUUGUUACUGGUGGGACCCGCGGAAUCGGGCGUGCGAUUGUGGAGGAGUUGGUGGGUCUUGGAGCUAGAGUGCACACAUGUUGUAGGAAUGAGAUUGAGCUGAACAAGUGCUUGGAGGAAUGGGAUGGAAUGGGUUUUGGGAUUACUGGCUCACUCUGUGAUGUUUCAGUUGCAGCCCAAAGAGAAGAGCUUAUGGAGACUGUGUCUUCUGUGUUUGAUGGCAAGCUUAAUAUCCUUGUUAACAAUGUUGGAACAAACAUUCGAAAGCCAAUGUUGGAGUUCACACCUACAGAAUUUUCUACUCUCAUGGCCACCAAUUUUGAGUCAGCUUUCCAUUUAAGCCAACUUGCCCAUCCACUCUUGAAAUCAUCGGGUGAGGGAAGCGUUGUGUUCACAUCUUCUGUCUCUGGUCUUGUCUCACUGAAAUCUAUGUCUGUUCAUGGAGCAACAAAAGGAGCAAUCAACCAACUAACAAAAAAUUUGGCUUGUGAGUGGGCAAAAGACAACAUUAGAAGUAAUGCUGUUGCACCUUGGUACAUCAAAACCUCUAUGGUGGAACAAAUCCUCAGCAAUGAGGUAUAUUUAGAAGAGGUAUAUUCUAGAACUCCUCUUCGGCGCCUUGGGGAUGCAACAGAAGUUUCGUCUGUGGUGGCAUUCCUUUGUUUACCUGCAUCAUCUUACAUCACUGGCCAGACUAUUUGUGUUGAUGGAGGAAUGUCUGUGAAUGGUUUCUUCCCAAGUAAUGGUUAGAAGUAGUUAUUUAAUUGGUCACCACAGUUCCCGUGAGAAAAUGAGCAUGGUUAUUGGGCAAUGGGUAAAUAUUGGCUUCUGAGUUCCAGUUGAGAACCCUGAGAGCCAAAGAUCUUACCAGUUAUACCUGCUGCUACGGCAAUCCAUAUCAUUUUAGCACUGAUUUUUCUCGCUUGUGUUUAGUUCCUCUCUUUCCUUCCUGUGAAAACCUUGUAUUGAUGAAGAGCCUGAUUUGCUCUCAUUCAAUGGAUUUUUCCUCUUGUAUGAUUGACAAAUUUGCAAAUAUAUUCAUUAUGGAUUUUUGAAGUAUCAACUUCAUCACUGU